AUGAGACUCACGACCUGGAACGUCAACGGCAUCCGCAACCCCUUCUCCUACCCACCAUGGAACACCGCCCGCACCUUCCCCGCCAUGUUCGACAUCCUCGCCACCGACAUCCUCGUCAUGCAAGAGCUCAAGAUCCAGCGCAAAGACCUGCGCGACGACAUGGUCCUGCUCGACGGCUGGGACUGCUACUUCUCGCUACCGAAGCAUAAGAAAGGAUACUCGGGGGUGGGAGUAUAUACGAGGAAUGCUAAGUGUGCGCCGAUACGGGCGGAGGAGGGACUGUUGGGGGUGCUGCCGAGUGCGAGCGGGGUGCCGUAUUGCGAGUUACCCGAGGGGGAGAGUGUGGGCGGGUAUCCUGAUGAGAAGCAGGUGGCGGAACUGGGUGUGGAUCCAGCGAUGUUGGAUGCAGAGGGGAGCAACGGCAUGAGGGAUGACUUUCGAUAUGGCUUUAUCUGUGCGCUUGACUCCCGGAUACGGAAUCUCAGAAAGAUGGGGAAGAGGGUGGUGCUGGUGGGAGAUCUCAAUGUUUCGAGGAGUGAGCUGGACACUGCGGCAGCGGCGGAGGAUUGUAGGAAAGCUGGCAUCACCCACGAAGACUACAUCUCUACGCCGAACCGGCGGAUCUUCAAUCAGCUGUUGGUCGGAGGCGAAGUGGUCGGUGAGAGGGACGAAGGCAGGGAGGAGGGUAUUCUGUGGGACACUACGCGAGGCUUUCAUCCUGAGCGGAAGGGCAUGUACACGCAUUGGGAGCAGAAGAUCAAUGCUCGGCCAGGGAAUUAUGGCAGCCGAAUCGACUUCAUCCUGGUGGCUGAGAGUAUGCGGUCGUGGAUCAAAGAUGCGAACAUUCAAGAAGGUCUGCUGGGAUCAGAUCACUGUCCUGUCUUCGUGGACUUCAACGAAAGUGCAGAGGUCGAUGGAGAGCGAAAGCCAAUUAUGGACAUCAUGAGUCCUCCUGGCGUCUUUGUCGACGGCGUCAGGAAGCAAGACUGGAAGAUCGCAAGCGCGCCACCGUUCUCAGCGAAGCGGUUGCCCGAAUUCGCCCAGCGCCGCAGCAUCAAAUCCAUGUUCAUGAAGAAGUCGGAAUCUUCAUCAGGCGAGGGUACCACCAACGGCAUCAAGCCCGAAGCAGCGACGCCUUUGCCCGAACUGAGUCCUGUGAAGUCGCAGGCUUCAGUCAGCGAAAUGACCGUUGAACCAUCGCAAACGCCAGAGCGAAGUCAAAAGCCGCCUUCACCGAAGCGCAAGCUCUCAGUGCCGGCGAAAGAGAAGCCAGUGAAGAAGCAAAAGACCGACAGCAGUGCUCCAUCUACGAAAGGCCAGCAGAGUCUCAAAGGCUUCUUCUCUUCGCAAAGUAAAAGCACGGCUGUCACGCCACCUUCGCCAGUUGCCAACGGGAAAUCCGAACUCCCUCCCACAGCAGCCACUCCUCCAAGCACCUCAAUAGCGACAAACCGACCAACAGCAUCUGCUGCAGCGAAAGCGUCAGGAGAAUCGCCUGCACCUUCCACGGAGCCAGCCACCCCGCCACCCAAACCCAUCUCCUCCCCCCCGCCCUCCGAACACUCCAUCAACCGCACCAUCCUCGCAGCCGAAGCCACCCAACGCAGCUGGUCCACCCUCUUCACCAAACCCCCUGCCCCGCUCUGCGAAGGCCACGGCGAACCGUGCAAAUCGAUGCAGACGAAAAAGAAAGGCUCGAACCAGGGAAGGAGUUUCUGGAUGUGCGCGCGGCCGCUGGGGCCGAGCGGGGAGAAGGAGCGCGGGACGGAGUGGAGGUGUGGGACGUUUGUUUGGUGCUCGGAGUGGAGUGGGAGGGGGGCUACUAGGGAUAACGACUGA